UCCGAUCUCUCUCUUCCCCCCUCCCGCUCUCUCUCUCUCUCUCUCUCUCUCUCUCUAGCCUUACGGCCACCAUGUUUGGUACUCCGUCAUCUUCCCCUGCCUUCGGUACUCCCUCAACCCCUUCAUUUACACCCGCAUUCGGGUCCACCCUUUUCUCUACUCCCGGAGCUACUUCCACUCCCUUCCAACACCAGCAGCAGCAGCAGCAGCAGCAAAGUCCCUCCCCAUUCGGAAUACAGACCCCAGCGCCAUCUCCAUUCGGUGGUCCCUCACCCUUCAUCAAUGCUCCUCAGCUUACUACGCAGAUGGCCCCUGUCGCCCCUCUCCCUUUCUCCCUCGCCGAUCGCGACAUCCAGGCGAUUGUUGAUGCCUAUAAGGAUGAGCCUGGAAAUCCUAAGUACGCUUUCAAGCACUUACUGUUCAGCGUGACUGAUCCGGCAAUGAGGGUGAAGCCUGCUGGUGUAUCAGAUAUCAUGUGGGCGGAGGCGAUGGGGAAGUUGGAGGGGAUGGAGAGCACCAACCGAGAAAGGCUUUGGCCUCAACUUGUUCAGGGGUUUAAGGAUCUUUCCCAGAGGCUUAAGCUUCAAGAUGAAGCCAUACUUUCCGAUGCUGAGAGACUAAGAAUGACACAAACCAAUGUGAAAAUGCUUCAGAGGCAUUUUCAAGCGGACACUCUUCCAUGGAUCCAACGGAUGAGGCAGAAAGAACAAGGGCUUCAAAGGCGCCUAUUGAGGCUGAUGAGAAUAGUGGAGGCAUUGGAGGGUAAGGGCUUCCGAAUGCCCUUGUUGAAAGGUGAAGCUGAGCUGGCUGAGAAGUUGGCAGCAUUAGCAAGACAGCUCAAAGGAUCAGGAGCUGAAUUAGCUAGGCGGGUUCAUAAUCUGCUAUCAAUUUCUCGGGUGCAUGCAAAUGCUGGUGGUGUUGGCGGUUCUCUUUAUCUUCCCGGAUUAACCAAGAUACACGAGCAGAGCCUAGCUGAUAUGCAGGAGGUCUUACAGCAGCAAACAGAAGCCAUAGCAAGGUUAGGGAAUGUGUUGAAAAGGGAUGUCAGGGAUAUGGAGAUCAUCAUGUCUGAGGAUACGGAAUUGGCAGAAGAUAACAGUGGUAGAAGAACUUCUUAGAACUGACAACAAACCCCUAUUACAUGAGGAUGCAUUGCCUGCAUAGAUUUCAUCGUGGAAUCCUUACAUGAGAAGGUGUAGAAAUCCAUCUGUUGCUGAUCACACCGGCGCUCAAUUCAACAAACUGAUCUGACCCUGACCGACUGUGUAAGAUUUCAUCACCUCCAUAAAAUUUCAGCAUUUUCAGCUUCCACUGUAUGAAGCGAAAUGUGCGUGAGUCUUAUCUUCUGUGUAUUUGUUUUGAGUGGGAUUUUCUUUCGGAACUCUUGCUCUAUUCUCCUUAUGUAUUCCUGUGCUUGCUUUGAGAAUAUACAGGAGGGGAAGGGUUUUAGAAAAUAAAAAUUCAA